AUGACAGUCACCCUCGACCUCUCUACCCUCAGCGCAUCCACCUCCCCAGAAGAUGCACCUUCAAGACGCAUCCUUGCCGCCAUCUCACUUGCCGUCGCAAAGUCAAAGCGUAUCGUCGUCGUCACUGGCGCCGGUAUCUCCUGUUCCUGCGGUAUCCCAGACUUCCGUUCCUCCGAUGGACUAUACAACCUCGUCAAGUUGCGCUACCCCGCCACCUUUGUUAAGGGUCGAGACCUAUUCGACGCCUCCCUCUUCCGUUCUCCAGAUAGCACAGCUCUCUUCUACACCUUCAUUGCCGAGCUCAAGAACGCUGUCAACGCUGCUGAGCCAGGAGCGACACACAGGUUCUUGAGGUUACUCGAAGGGAAGGGGAAGCUGCUCCGCAGCUAUACACAGAAUAUCGAUGGACUGGAGGAGAGGGCUGGAAGUUCCUCUUCUCAGGAAUCGAAGCCCAAGCCCAAAGGCAAGAAGCUCAACACAGCGCGCAACGUUCAGCUACACGGGGACAUCCACACCCCACCUUGCCCAGCCUGCGUCUCCCGAUCUGAAGCCCGGAUAAUGCGAGCUGCUCGCCCCCUCCCGCAGGGUUACCUCCGCCCCGCUAUCGUUUUGUACGACGAGCCCCAUCCCUUGGGCGACGAGAUCGGAAAGAUGCAAGCGCAGGACGUGGCCCGCGGGCCAGACAUGCUCAUCAUAAUGGGUACGAGCCUCAAAGUGCAUGGGCUCAAACGGCUUGUGAAAGACUUUGCGAGUGCGGUACAUGCGCGUGCCCAGGCCGCUUAUGUGGGCAAGGAGGAUGGGAGCAGUGGUUCGGUCAAGGCGAAAAAGCAGAACCCGAUGCUAGGAAAGGUCAUUUUCGUCAACCGGACCCCGCCACCGGCAGAAUGGAACGAGGUGAUCGAUUUCCACGUACAGGGAGAGACAGAUACCUGGGUGUUGAGGGUGGAAGAGGAGUGGAGGCGCUCUAGACCUUCGGACUGGGAAGUCCAGACGAAGCUGGAUGAUACGGUGGGGAAGGUGUUGAAGCCUGCGCUCCGGGUGAUGACGAAAGCCCCGCAGAAGAAGCGUGUGAAGAAGGCGAAUGGGAACUCGAGCGAUACGGAAAACAUCCCCCUCUCACAGGCGUCCAGCUCGACCAGCUCAAGCAAGACCCUAUUCUCCUCCCCUGACGAGAAACCCAAGCCCAAGUCCAGGCCUGCUCCUCUCUCCCCCUCCAAGCGCGCAAACACAGCCUGCCACUAUACGGACAGCUCACCGCAAAAACGGUCGAGUCCCAACACGAGCCCGAGCCCAAAGAAGACCCCGCUCGCAGAACGGAGAGGUCAGGCGAACGUCUUCCCUGAACGGGGGAUGCUUUUUGGCUCCCCGACGAAAGAGGACGAGUUUGGCGUGGGCGGGUUGUCCUUGACUACCCCGCCUAAGAGGAGGUUGAGAUCUAGGGCUGUCGCUCCGGUCAGAGCGUAG